CCCUGUCUCUCUAUGUAAUACGCAAGGUUCCCCCAUCCACCUCUCCAAUCCCACUUCGCCCACCCGUUAUAAACAGUUUCACACGCACCUCAGAUCCUCAACCACAUGGCCUCCACGAACCUCAAGACAACCCACGUCUUCACCCUCCGCGCCACCCUCGAACUCGGUCAAACCGUCGGCCAAACCCUCUCCGGAAUCCGUAUCUUCGUUCCCGUCUCUGGCGGAACCCUCAAAGGGCCCGACAUCGAGGCCGAGAUAUUGUACGCCGCUCCUCCUCCUCACUCCUCCACUGCCCCUCUCAUCCACUCUUCCUCGGAAUCGUCUGACAGUGCGUGAUAUUCUAGACCGGUUGGUGGUGGCGAUUGGCUUUCUUUGAAC